AUGCCAUCUCAAUUACCUACUGUAUUACCACGCCCAGAUCUUGUCAAAGACGAUAAGAAAGCCGAAAAGCCAUGGGGAGAUUUUACUGAUGUUGACAGCAAUAUAAUUCGUCGUGUAUUUAUUCGAAAGGUUUAUUCAAUUCUUAUGAUUCAAUUAGCAAUUACAUUUGGUCUUAUUGCAUUAUGUCAUUUUAUACCAUCGAUUCGUGAAUACGUACGAAAUCCGAAUGGUCGAUGGCUUUAUUUCACAUCUUAUGCUGUUUUUCUGAUUACUUAUUUUGUAUUGAUUUGUUCAAAAAAUGCAGCAAGAAAAUUUCCACUUAAUCUUAUUUUACUUGGCAUUUUGACAUUAUCAAUGGGAUAUAUGAUGGGUAUGAUUUCAGCAUAUUAUAAAACGGAAUCGGUGUUAAUCGCUGUUGGCAUAACAGCAUUUGUUUGUUUGGGUGUUACAUUAUUUUCGUUUCAAACAAAAUAUGAUUUUACAGUAUGUACAGGAGUUUUAUUGGUAUUAUCAUUGGCAAUUUUAGCUUUUGCCAUUGUUUGUAUUUUUACUUAUUCAAGAAUAAUGUAUACAAUCUUUGCUGGUCUUGGGGCUGCAUUGUUUUUGAUUUUCUUAGCUGUUGAUACACAAUUAAUUAUAGGUGGAAAACGACUCGAAAUAAAUGCUGAAGAUCAUAUUUUUGCAUCACUUAUGCUUUAUAUGGAUAUCAUUAAUAUAUUUUUAUAUAUUCUUGCUUUGUUUGGUGGUCGGAAAUAA